GGCUAAAAGAUAAAGUUACAGGUAAUGAAAUAAUGCCGUUAUGAAUAGUUAUGCUUUAUUCUGAAAGUUACACCUACCUAAGAUAAAAAUCUUUUGAACUUACCUGGGUAAAUCAGUAGAUUAAAAAUUAGUAUAAAAUAAAAAGCAGCAAUUACAGACUAAGAUAGUUUUUGGUUUUCUAGAAAAAAAAUCACUGAGAUUUCCUUUCCAACAAUGCUUCUGAAACACAGAUAAAAUGGCUUCCUGUCCCAUGGUUUCCUGUAUCCAUGACAACCUGACUUCUUUCUUAGUUUCCUGAGCAAACUGCUGCAAAUCCUGGGGCAAAACGUGAGGGAUCUAGUAUGCAGCAAUACUGCCUUUAUGAAGGUUUCACAGAUGAGUAUAGUCCAUCAGCUUAUAACUGCAAUAAACUGCAAAUGGCAAAAUAAUGGAAAUAAUGAACUUCAGAUUUGGGCGAAGUCAGAGAUGAGUAAGAAGGUCAAUGACAGGGAUAUGUAUGUUCUGCAAAGUUCUCCACCCUGCUCAGGACCAUUCCUCUAUAUACUUAAUUGGGUUUUUUUGUUGCUGCUUCAGAAGGAGGCUUUUGGCUGUCCAUCUGCUUGUCAACUCUGCACAGGGAGACAAGUUAGCUGUCGUAAUGCAGGGCUUUCAAGCAUCCCUUGGAAUUUACCAAAAACGACAAUUCUUGUGUACCUCAGUGGAAAUAAUAUAUCAUGUGUCACUCCAAAUGAACUAAGAGGGCUUCAGAAGCUUGCUGCACUCCACAUGGAUAACUCCAGUAUUUUGUACAUACACCCAAAAGCUUUUGUGGAACUCCCCAAACUGUGCUACUUGCAUCUAAAUAACAAUGAUAUUAAACGCCUGGAUCCAGGAAUCUUUGAAGGCCUUUACAGUCUUCACUGUUUAUACCUUCAGAAUAAUCAAAUAGCUUUUCUUCCCAGAGGAUUAUUUAGUGAUCUUCUUUCUGUUAGAUAUUUAUCACUAAAAAGAAAUCGUCUCAGUGUCCUUGGAAGUGGGACUUUCUCGGGAAUGAUAAAUCUACAAACCCUAAACCUAGCCAAUAAUAAGAUUUCACGGAUAUCAGAUUCAGCAUUUCGUCAUCUUGAAAACCUUGCAUAUUUGUUUCUUGAAGGUAACAGCUUAAAACUUGUGCCAUCGAAUGCUAUUGGAAAGCUCAAAAAUCUUGAAAGACUUUCUUUGUCUCACAAUCCUAUUGGAUCAAUACAGUCUUUUGCAUUUAAAGGACUUAACAAGCUUAAAUAUCUGUCUUUGAAAAAUGUCAGGCUAAAAUGUAUUGCUGUAAAUGGAUUUUUUGGAUUGAACAACCUUAGCCAGUUGAUCUUAAGUUAUAAUGAUUUAGAAAAUAUAAAUUCCAGCACUUUUAGUUUAUUAAACAAUUUAAUGUAUCUACAGCUAGACAAAAAUAAAAUAGCCAGUAUUGGUGAUGGUACCUUUGAAAAAAUGGGACAGUCACUUAAAAUACUAAGUUUAGCAUUUAAUAAUAUUACAGAGUUACAACCUGAAGUGCUUAAGCCUUUAGUAUCUCUAACUCAUCUACACGUAAGUUCUAAUCCUUGGAACUGCAGCUGCAAAAUGCUUGGGUUACUUAAUUGGCUGACAUUGUCUCCCAUUUCUGUAAGAAUUCACUGUCAGAAUCCCCAGAGUAUGCGUGGUAGACACUUGCAUUACAUUAAGUGGACUCAGUUUUCAAACUGCAUUAGCCCUACUGUCAGCCCAGAGACUGCUCGGAGUCUGGGAUCUGUUGGUGUCCGUCAGAGCACUACCACGUGGCUGAUGGCGUGGCACAAAGGAAACAGGCAGAACCUUGAGCAGUUUGUCAAUGCAGAAACGAAAUAUGUCGCUUUCUGGGAAGGAACUACAACUACAUCUGCUACCCCUUUGCCCUAUGAAGGCAAUGCUGUUGGAAUUCUGUCACAGGCAACUACAGUAUUAUCAACAUUACCAGUGCAAAUACCAACACAGAUUAUACCUACUAACAGAACUGUAGAAAAACAAGGUCCAAAAGAUGUUGCUCCUGUGUCAUUAAAAACAUCCCUGAAGUGUGCACAACAGGUUGAAAAGCUGAAUCAGGCUUUUGACAUUUUACUAGGCUUUUUCAUUCUGGCUUGUGCUGUAAUCCUGUUCUUAACCUGUAAAAUUAUUCAGUUUAGGCAGAAACUAAAUGUUCUGGAAAACUCAGGGGAAAAGAGAAUAGAAUAUUAUGGCUUUUAUCAGCCUGGCAGAUAUAACAUAACUGACCCAGUGCAGCCACUAACUCAGAAAUCAGUUGGACAUUCAGAACUGGAUGAAAUUAGGCUGCUCAAGCGAACAGCAUCAGAAAGUCAGGCACAGGUAAUACUGUUCGAACAUUCAUCAUUGUAAUUUAUCUCAAUUUACUUGGUGUUAACUUUACUUUGAUAUGAAAGGUCAAAAAAUCAAGAACUCAAUUUUCUAAAAAUACCUUAACUGAUUAAAAGCAACUGCUUGAUAUUAUUGUGGAAAAUGGCACAAUUUGCGUUCUGCAUCAUCUUUUGCUUCCUGAAUGUUUUAAAGUUUAUUGUUUUAUUACAUGUCAUUUAAAUCCUACAUGGAUAGGUUUAUUAUCCUCUGUCCCUGUUUGUAGGAAUCUUUCACCUAUAGGUGAAGUAUACAGGCAGUACAAAGUACAUUUUUAUUUAAAUUAAUUUGCAAUACUUAGUAUGUUCCUGUAGAAAUUCCAUAGUGAACUUGAAGAUUGAAGCAAGCAAAACAUCAGUUCUUAGCAGGAUCACAAAGCUAAAGAGUCUUGGGAAUGAGAAAAUAUACAGUGCUUUAUAUAUAUUUACCUUAAUGCAGUUUCUACUCUGCCUCCUAUUAAUAAGCACAGUGGGGAAAAAAAGGGAGUGUACUUACUGCAAGGAUGUUGCAACUCUUGAAGAAGAGAAAAAUUUAAAACUAGACAAAUUUUAUUAAUAUCUGUAACAUUUUUACAUAUAAAGUUGUGUAUUCAGUCUGUAUAAUGAAUAUAUUAAAGUGACUUUUUUAUUAGUGUGUAUCUGUAUCAUUUUAUUAAAUACCAUGAACUGGAGUUAAGGGAAACCAAAUUUCUGUUGAAUUGAAAAAUUGACUAUGUUUGUUAUGU